AUGGCCAAGCCAGGAAAGAAUGCAUAUGGUAUCGUUCAACAAUUCUUUAUCCACAAGAAAAACAACCCACCCCUCAAAACCUUCGCCUCGUCUGCAGUGAAGAUGAUGGUCGAUUACAGCUUCGAUGGCCUUGAUAUCGACUGGGAGUACCCUGCUGAUUCCACAGAACCUCAGUAUUUUGUGACGCUGUUGGAGGCUUGUCGGAAUGCUCUCGAUUCCUAUUCCUCCAAGCAGCAUUUUGAUUACAAGAAUAUGAUGGCGUAUGACUACGCCGGCGGUUUCGACGAAUCUUCCACAGGCCACCAGUCCAACAUAUUCAAAGACGGGCCCAACCCCAACGCCACCAAGUUCAAUACAGACGACGCGAUUAAGUCCUACCUAAGUCAAGGCAUUGACCCACAGAAGAUAAACCUCGGUCUGCCCCUCUAUGGCCGAUCCUUUGAAGCAACAAAAGGCAUUGGCAGAUUGUACUCGGGAGUAGUAGCCAGUGAUGCAGACCCUCCUGGAACUGUCGAGGAGUGGGACGAUAUUGCCAAAGAGUCAUACAGUAUCGAUCAUGCUACGGGCGAACUCAUCACAUACGACAACGUCCGGGCGGCCGAGGCGAAAUUAUAGGAUGUCUUCAACCGGAAACGGGAGGUGCCUUAUUCUGGGAAACCAGUGA